AGACGCUGUUUGACUCUACCAAAGGAGUUCAAGCACGAUCACGAGGAGCAACAUGCCUGUACAGCCGGCAUACAAGACGAGAGCUGAUGAAGUUGAUGAUCUCGUAGAAACGGUGAAGAACCUGAUCAUUCCAUUCAUUCGAUCGGCCGAACCUUCUUCUUCGACGUCCGGCUCGAGCAAGCAGUAUGCAGCUGGAGAUGGAGUCAAUGGGGAUCAGGGUCAACAUCCAAUGACACUUGUCGAUUAUCAUGCCCCAAAAGAGCUGCAGUCCAUCCUCGACCUAGACUUACCAAGCAAAGGUCAAGGCAAGGACGGUCUCGUUAAUAUGACUGAGAAGGUCUUACGGUAUUCUGUGAACACCUGGGACCAGGGAUUCAUGGAUAAGCUAUAUGCGUCUACCAAUGCCGUCGGAGUCGCAGCGGAGCUGCUAACUGCUGCUUUGAAUACCAAUGUCCAUGUCUAUCAGGUGUCCCCGGUGCUCACACUGAUCGAGAAGCACGUCGCGAAAACUCUGGCACGCAUGUACGGAUUCACCGAUCCCCAUUCCGGAGGCAUGUCACAGCCAGGAGGCUCAGCCGGAAACUCCUCCUCCAUCGUCAUUGCUCGAAACACACUAUAUCCUCAUACCAAGACUCGAGGUAUUGGGUCAGACAAAUAUGUCCUCUUCACCUCCCAACAUGGUCAUUACUCGCUCGAGAAGGCUGCUCAAAUGUUCGGCUUUGGGUCAGACAAUGUACGUUCUGUACCUGUCGACAAAACUGGACGCAUGGACGUAUCAGCUUUGCGGAAAAUGGUAGUGAAAUCAAAAGAGGAUGGCGAAGUUCCCUUCUACGUGAAUGCAACAGCCGGCACGACCGUUCUUGGAUCGUUCGACCCUUUCGACGAAAUUGCAGAGGUCUGCAAGGAACACCAUCUGUGGAUGCACGUCGAUGGCUCUUGGGGUGGUAGUGUAAUCUUCAACAAGGGUAUCGCAGAGGAGAGGUUAAGAGGAGUGGAGAAAGCAGACAGUAUAGUCAUGUCACCUCACAAGAUGUUAGGUGUGCCAGUGACUUGCAGCUUCCUGCUGGCCAAGGACAUGAGGAAAGUCUGGAAGGCGAUGACCUUGCCAGCGGGUUACCUAUUUCACACUUCUGACUCCGAGGAGAUCUUUGACCUGGCCGAUCUGACACCACAGUGCGGGCGGCGGGGAGACGCGUUGAAGUUCUUCCUAUCCUGGGUGUACUAUGGCGAAGAAGGUCUUUCGGAGAAAAUUGAGAGGGCAUUCGAGCUUGCAACUCGAAUGCAAGAACAGCUAUCGCGCUCAGAAAACGUAGUCAUGCUGUCGACAAUGCCCCCUCCCUGCCUCCAAGUAUGUUUCUACUACGCACCGGAACGUCAACUCGGAGAUCCUACUGCCACAAGUCGGCGGACGGAGAUCAUGACAGAGAGGCUCAUGCGCAGAGGCUUCAUGGUGGACUAUGCACCUGGAGAGAAUGGCAAAUUCUUCCGCAUAGUCAUCAACAUCAGCACAACGGAGGAGACUGUGACACGAUUGGUGGAAAUGAUAGAAGAAGUUGGUAGAGAGAACACGACUUAGCCAAUUGGACCGGCUCAUGCAGCGCGUCGACUCCUCAAUCGGUCAUCUAUGCAGACA